CAGAUACUAAAAAAAUAUAUAUUAUUCAUGUACAAUGGUAUUCAAUACCUCAAAUAACAUCAUAAUUUGUAACUUCAAUCGGAAGAUUUGUUUUUAUUUGCUGAUUAUUGUCAUUAUUAAUAGGUAAAUCUUUAUAAUAAUAGUGUUGUACUCGGAAACGAGAUAAGGCGAAAAAGAAAAUUAGGUUUGACAGCUUAGUAAAAAUGGCUGACAAUAACGAAUUUCCGCCCCUUAGCAACGAUGGUACGAAAAAUGAUAUAGAUGAUGAUAAUGUAUUUGCUUCUGCAAUCCAGGAACAUAAUGCUCAAGAAAAUACUUCAUCAUAUAAUGGUGAAUCAACUAUUUAUGCAGAACUACCAAAAUUAUCAUUGAGAGAUACUGUAUCAAAUAAUUCUAUUUCAAUUCAUUCAAAUCCUGCUGAUCUUUCAGAUUUAGUUAUUCCUAUUCUAGAUCCAAUGAAUAUUGAUAUUGAUGAUUUACAUGACGUUCCAAUUAGUGAUAAUUUAAUAUCUAAUAAUAUAAAAGCUGAAAUAGUGGAUGAGGUAUCAAAUGAAUAUCCAGAUAUUUUUAUUGAAAUUAUUGUUGCUUCACCACAGAAAGUAGGUGAUGGAAUUGGAGCAUAUGUUGCUUAUAAAGUUGAAACCAAGACUAACAUACAAAUAUAUAAAAGAAGUUGUUUUGGUGUAAAUAGACGCUUCAGUGAUUUUCUUGGUUUACAUGAUAAACUUACAGAAAAGUAUUUACGCAAUGGUAGAAUUAUACCUCCUGCUCCUGAAAAAAGUGUUAUUGGUACAACUAAAAUAAAAAUGUCAGGAGAAAAAUGUCAAGAACAAAACUACGGUUCUUCAGAAUUCCUUGAGCGACGUAGAGCUGCAUUAGAAAGAUUUUUAAAUAGACUUGCAGCUCAUAAUAUCUUUCGAUUAGAUCCUGAUUUUAAAGAAUUUUUAGAAGCAGAUAUAGAAUUACCUAAGGCUACUAAUACGUGUGCUUUAAGCGGUGCUGCAAUGAUGAGACUAUUCAAUAAAGUUGGAGAAACUGUAAAUAAGAUUACUUAUAAAAUGGAUGAAAAUGAUACUUGGUUUGAAGAAAUGGUUAAUCACAUUGACUCUCUUGAUAUUCAACUUCGUAGCUUACAUGAAUCAGUAGAAACCUUAACAAAUCAAAGAAAGGAAUUAGCAAUUUGUACAGGUUCUACAGCUCGAUCUAUAGCAGUUCUGGGACAUGGUGAGCCUGGAGCUUCUCUCGGCAGAGCUUUGGCACAAUUAGCUGAAACAUUGGAAAAAAUUGAAAUAGUUAGAAAAGCCCAAGGAAAUAGUGAUCUUUAUCAAUUUGGUGAAAUAAUACGUGAUUACGUAGCUCUAAUUGGAGCAAUUAAGGAUGUUUUUCAUGAACGAGUGAAAGUUUUCCAGAACUGGCAACAUGCACAAAUUAUGUUAAAUAAGAAGCGUGAACAAAAAGCACGUAUUGAACAGUCCAGUCGCUCAGAGAAAACUAGUCAAGUGGCCACUGAAGUCAUUGAGUGGGAAGCAAAAGUUGAUAGAGGUCAGGAAGAAUUCAACAAUAUUUCAAAAAUGAUAAGAAUAGAGGUGGAACGUUUCGAAAUAAUACGAAUACAAGAUUUUAAGAAACAACUUAUACAAUAUCUUCAAAUGAUGCUGCAGCAUCAAUAUCAGCUUAUCAAGCACUGGGAGAGUUUUCUCUCUGAAGCGAAGACCAUUGCCUAAGCAAAUAUAUAAACAUUAUAAACUACACUGGACUGUAAGUACAUGAAAACAAGAGAAAAUAAAAAAAGUAAUUCAUUGUGAAUUUAUGCUAAUAGCACUUUUUAAAUUAUCAAAAUAUUAUAUUUAACAUGUUAUAGCAAGAUUUAACCUUUUUAA